UUUUCGUCAUUAGGUCUUGACAAGGUAGAGUGGUUGCAUGAUUUUCAAAAUGGGGAUUGCUCCUUGAAGGGCUUUUUGUCUAUAAUAGGGGACAGUAUUAAUGAGAGGGAGAUUAGAAAGUUUGAAGAGGGGCUAAAUAGCAAAGUAAAGCUGUUAUUGUAUAAGACAUUUAAGAAGGUGGUAGAGUUCAAAAAGUACUUGCAUGGGAAAAGUGAUGCUGGGUCUAGAUUAAUGUUUAAGUUCAGGUCAGGCACGCAUGGGCUAAAUGAGGAACUGGGUAGGCAUAGGGGA